AUGUCGGCCGGGGACAUGCAGCUCCUCAGGAGCGCUAUGAAGAAAGACCCCAAGUCUUACCUCGACGAACUUUUCCUGCAAAUGAGACACUUCGAGGCCAACGUGAACAUCUUCAAGAGCAAGCCUUCGAAGCCGAUGCACGACCUGCAGGAGACGGCUGCCCUGCUCGCCCACGUGACGCCAUGCUACCCUCGCGAGCUUGCGUCCUUCCCUUCGCAGUUGGUCGGACUCCUCGAACAGUUCCACCUUGUGAUGGACCCCGGGCUGCGCAAGGAGCUGUGCCAGGACGUGAUAAUGUUGAGGAACAGACAUCUUCUUCCUCCUGUCCCCGUCAACCAGCUCUUCUUCCAGAUGUUCCGCUGCAAAGACAAGAAGCUGAGGGCUGCUCUUGCUGCUCAUAUCGUCAGUGACAUUAAGAACAUCAACACGGGGAAAAAAGACAACAAGACGAACAAAGAGCUUCAGAAUUUCCUCUUCAAACUGCUGUCGGACAGAAACAGCACUGCUGCUAAGAGCUCGCUGGAUGUUCUUAUCAAGUUGUAUAAGAAAAAGAUUUGGUAUGACGCGAAGACUGUCAACGUUAUCGCUACUGCUUGCUUCUCCACUGAAAGCAAGGUUCGAGCAACGGCGUUGAACUUUUUCUUGGGAGUAGACGACGAAGAGAUGGCAAAGGCAGGACAAGACUCAGAUGAUGAAGGUUUGGAUAUCGACGACCUUCAGAAGGUGGCGGGCAACAAAGAUAAGAAGGGCAAAGGAGUCGCUCACCUGCACUCAAAGAGAUCAAGAAAGCGUCUGCUGAAUGCGAGAAGAGCACUGGAGACGAUGAAGAGGAAAGGGAAGAGAAAAGCCAAUCAAGCUGUCAACUUCGCUGCUCUUGAGAUGCUCAACGACCCUCAAGUGCCGAUGGUUCCACCGGAUGUUGUCGAGCCUCUGAUCCGAACCCUUGCAAAUCAUUUCAUCACUGAUGGAAGGCAAGAUGAAGUGAUCGCCAUUGGUCUCAACACUGCGCGUGAAAUCUGCAUGCGACAACCGCAUGCUAUGGAUGCGGAUCUGCUCCAAGACUUGGUAGCAUACAAGAAGCACAAAGACAAGGGAGUCGUGAUGGCCGCCCGAUCGCUGCUGUCACUGUACAGACAUCUUGACUCUGAGAUGUUGGCCAAGAAAGACAGGGGGAAAGUUCGAGAUCUCAACAAGAAGACUGAAUACGGAAGACAAGUACGAACAAAAGAAUACGAUGAUGAUGAUGAUGACGAUGAUGAUGACGAUGACGAUGACGAUGACGACGACGAUGACGAUGACGAUGACGAUGACGAUGACGAUGACGAUGAUGAUGAUGAUGAUGAUGCUGAUGCUGAUGACAAUUGA